AUGGUUCUAAUAUCCUGGGAAUGUGUGUGUGACCGGACUUAUCCAGGACAGUCCCUGUACAUAGUAGGAAACCACCCAAGAUUGGGAGUUUGGCGAGUAACUAAUGAGCAGGAAGAGGAGAAUAAACCUAUUCGACUUAUAACUGACAAACUUUCCUAUCCUGUAUGGAGAACAAACAAGCCAAUUAGGAUUCGAGGUGCGUGCCUUUUGGAAUAUAAAUUUGUUAUUGGAAAGGAGAGUGGCCCAUGCGAACAAUUAGAAUGGGAGCCAAUUGAAGGGAAUCGUUACUUACAAGUUGACGAGAAUUUUCCAGAGUAUAGGUACGUUAUUCAAUGUAGCUGGGGAAAUAUCUCUAAAAGUACGAUGCGUUUUGAGGAGAAUUUGGAUAAUAAUGAUGGAACUGAUGAUCAUUCUUGUAGAGUAAAGUCUGGUGCAAGGCAGAGUCCAACAGGAAAUGCGAAAAUGUACUCAGAAGAGGAUGAUGAAUCUGGAGAUGGAGGGACUCACGAAAGCUCUGUGACACCUCCACUAAUACUGAGCAGAACAGGGUCUAGAUUAAAACUUCUCUUGGACAGAUCUAGAUUAAUUUUAAGCACCAAGGGAGACAUUAACCAGUAUUAUACUUUGGAAAACACCAUAGGAAGGGGGUCUUGGGGAGAGGUAAAAAUAGCUGUUCAGAAAGGGACUGGGAUUAGGAGGGCAGCAAAGAAGAUUCCGAAGUACUUUGUUGAGGAUGUUGACCGUUUUAAACAAGAGAUUGAAAUUAUGAAAUCGUUGGACCAUCCAAACAUAAUUAGGCUAUACGAGACUUUUGAAGAUAAUGCUGAUAUUUAUCUAGUUAUGGAAUUAUGCACUGGGGGAGAGCUUUUUGAGAGAGUUGUUCAUAAGAGAGUUUUUAGAGAAAGCGACGCUGCAAGGAUCAUGAAGGAUGUAUUGAGUGCUGUAGCUUAUUGCCAUAAGUUAAACGUUGCUCACAGGGAUUUGAAGCCUGAAAAUUUCCUUUUCUUGACUGAUUCACCAGAUUCUCCAUUAAAGCUUAUUGACUUUGGUUUGGCAGCCAGAUUUAAGCCCGGGAAAAUGAUGAGGACAAAGGUUGGAACUCCAUAUUAUGUGAGUCCACAAGUUCUGGAAGGACUUUAUGGACCAGAAUGUGAUGAAUGGUCAGCUGGAGUAAUGAUGUACGUUCUGCUUUGUGGAUAUCCUCCUUUUAGUGCACCUACCGAUUCUGAGGUAAUGCUUAAGAUUAGAGAAGGCACAUUUACAUUUCCAGAAAAGGAUUGGCUCAAUGUUUCUCCUCAGGCAGAGUCUUUAAUCAGGAGACUUUUAACUAAGUCUCCAAAGCAGAGAAUUACUUCUUUACAAGCACUUGAACAUGAGUGGUUCGAGAAGCAACUCUCCUCAUCUCCAAGAAACUUAUUGCUCGAUAAUGUAAUUUCAAACUUUAGAAGAUUCCAGGGACUUUCAAGACUUAAAAAAAUUGCUUUGACAUUAAUAGCUCAAAACAUUGAUGAAAGAGACAUCCUAGAUUUACACGAUACAUUUAUGGAAUUGGAUACUAGUGGAGAUGGAACAUUGAGUAGAUUCGAGAUUAUUGAGGGAAUUAACAGGAUAGGAUGCAGUCCUUCAAUUGGUAUAGAAGCUCUUCUUGAUGAAAUUGACCCUGAAGGCACUGGAACUAUUUCCUAUACAAACUUCAUUGCAGCUUGCAUUCAAGAACGUCAAUUGUCCCACGAAAGUGCAUGCAAAGCAGCAUUUCGUGUGUUCGAUAUUGAUGAAGAUGGACAAAUCAGCAACAAAGAAUUUCUCAAGGUUAUGUCUUUAUCUAGCAAGGUUAAGAAAUCUGAUGAUGAGCUAGCUCAAGAACUGAGUGAAUUUAUGAAAUCAGGAGAUCUUGACAAAGAUGGUACCAUUAAUUUUGACGAGUUCUGCCAUGUAAUGAGGAGAGUUCCGUCCAAGUUCCUCCUUGGAGAGGCUUCUGAUGAUACUAUCAAUAUGAUGAAAAGAUGCUCCUCUAGAACUAACAUUAAUUUAUAG